AUGACUUCCACCAACUAUGGGAGCUAUUCAACCGGCACCGAUUUUAUAGGAUGGUAUAUUGCAGCAACGCCCGAACCAAUUAUCUGUACGUCAAACGGCGCGUUCACGACGAGUGGCACUAUCGGUGACUGUAGCGAGUCGUCCGGAGAUCGUCUAGCCACAGGGUGCUAUGCCGGUUCAAGUAUUCUGAGAGGCUCUUCCACCCAAGCUUGUGGGACCGGCUCGACGUGCGACUACUACCGAAUCUUUAACACUGUCGGUCAAGAUGGUCUAGGUGCCUUGACGAGAUAUGCAUGUGUGGACAAUUGGGCUGCCAACAGUCUCUAUCGAACACUGCCGGCGGAAUACCUGGCUACUACUACAUCAACGUCGGCUGCAUCGACUUCUGCUACAACUACUACCAACACAAAAACCACACACACUUCAUUCUCUACCUCCGCUUCCUCAGGCACAACAUCUUCAACUCCAACACCAACCAACGGCGCCGGCUCGUCUGAUUCUUCCAGUUCUGGUCUUAGCAGCGGCGCAAUUGCUGGAAUUGUCGUAGGAUGUGUGGCAGCUGGUGCUAUUCUGGCCUUGAUCAUCUUCCGCCGGAGGCUCAUGGGCUGCCUUGGAUAUCACAAGACAACGGAUUCCCACGGACCCUGGUCUCCUGUCUACAUGCCACCGCAGACGCAGUCGGUGUCCCAGUCGAACGCUCAAUCUCAGCAGAUCUCAGAACUCUCUGCGCAGCGAAAUGUUUAUGAGAUUGGAUCUUCGCAGGUUGGGGCUGAUGCUGUCCCUGAGAUGAGGUCUUGA